AUGGGCGGGGAGGGGGAGGGGGGGGAGGGGCUGGAGCUGCCCGAGCUGCGCGCGCUGCUCCGGAGGUCGGGGCGGGGGCGGCUCCCGGAGCCGGAAUUGGACUCGGACUCGGAGCCGGAACCGGAACCGGAACCGGAACCGGAAGAGGAGGAAGAGGAGGAGGAGGAAGGAGGGGGAGGGGCCCCGGAGGCCUCCGGAGCCGCCCCUCCCCCGCCCGGCCCCGCCCUGCAGGAGCUGUGGGCGGAGCUCGGGGGGGGCGGGGCCGGGGCGGGGCCCGAGCGGAGCCUCCCCAGGCUGGUGCGGCAGCGCGAAUGGGGGCGGAGCUUCACCCGAGAGGAGAGAAACCGGCUGAGCUCCCACUUCCUGCCCAAUCACGCGGCGGCGCUGGAGCCACACCCACAGAAGGUUUUUUGCGCCGUCUUCGCCGACCGCGGCCGCCGCCUCCUGACCGCCUGCCAGGACCAUUUCCUGCGGCUGUUCGAGGUGUCGGGGGCGGGGCUGCGGCUCCUCCGCGCCACCAGGGGGCGCCAGGUCGGGUGGAGCAUCCUGGACGUGGCGCUCGGGCCCGACGGCCGCCAGGCGCUCUACUGCUCCUGGGCCAGCCACGUCCACGCCUUUGAUUUGCAUGGAGAGGGCGACGCCCACACAGCCCUGGACUUCCGGCCCGAGGACCGGCGCUUCGCCGUCUUCUCAUUGGCCGUGGGGCCGGACGGGCGGGACGUGAUGGGCGGGGCCAACGACGGCUGCGUCUACGUCUACGACCGCCAGGCGCAGCGGCGCGUGGAGAGGGUCCCCGCCCACGAGGACGACGUCAACGCGGUGGCCUUGGCCGACGCCUCGGGGCAGCUGCUCCUGUCCGGCGGCGACGACGGCGUCGUUCGGGCCUGGGACCGGCGCUGCCUCGCCGAGGGACCCGCGCUCACCCUGGCCGGGCACCGGGACGGGCUGACCUUCCUGCACGCCCGGGGGGACGGGCGCUACGUGGUGUCCAACUCCAAGGACCAGUCGGCCAAGCUCUGGGACCUGCGGCGGCCCUCGGGGGCGGCGGCGCUGGCGGCGACACGUCGGGCGGUGGCGCGGCAGAGUUGGGACUACCGGUGGCAGCGAGCGCCCCGGAACGCGCGGCGGGCCCCGCCCCUUCCGGGUGACGCGUCGCUGCUGACGUUCCGCGGUCACGUGGUGCUGCACACGCUGCUGCGCUGCCGAUUGGCCCCGGCGGGGGCGGCCCCGGCCAUGGCGGCCGGAAGUGCCGACGGCGCCAUCUUGGUCUAUGACGUCACCACGGGGCGGGCCCUGCGCCGUCUGACCAAUCACGGCGCGUGCGUGCGUGACGUCAGCUGGAGCCCCGAGGGGGCGUGGCUCGCCAGCGCCUCGUGGGACGGCACCGUCCGGCUCUGGACCUAUCGCGACGCAGAGGACGCGGAGGGGGCGGAGCUUCGCUUGGAGGGGGCGUGGCCUCCCCAGGGACGGGGGCGUGGCCCGGAAUAAACAGCGAUCUGUG